CUCCGCCAAGGGGUACGGUGGGGGGGCAGCCCAGAGCCGCCGCUGCCGCCGCCGUCGCAGCCGCAAACGUCGCCAUGCCGGUGGACCUGGCCAAGUGGGACGGGCCCCUGAGCCUCGCCGAGGUGGAGCAGAGGCCGGCGCACCCUCUGAGGGUCAAGUAUGGCUCCGUGGAGAUCGACGAGCUGGGCAAGGUGCUCACGCCCACUCAGGUCCAGCAUCGCCCCACCAGUAUCGAGUGGGACGGCUGCGAUCCCCAGAAGCUUUACACUCUGGUUCUCACAGACCCUGAUGCGCCCAGUCGGAAGGACCCAAAGUUCAGGGAAUGGCAUCACUUCCUGGUGACCAACAUGAAAGGCAACAACGUGGGCAGCGGGACCGUGAUGUCGGAUUACGUUGGCUCGGGGCCUCCCAAGGGAACAGGGCUGCACCGCUAUGUGUGGCUGGUGUACGAGCAGCCGCAGCAGCUGGCCUGCAGCGAGCCCGUGCUGUCCAACCGCUCCGGGGACAAGCGCGGCAAGUUCAAGGUGGCCGCCUUCCGCAGCAAGUACGGGCUGGGGGCACCGGUGGCGGGCACCUGCUACCAGGCCGAGUGGGAUGACUACGUGCCCAAGCUCUACGAGCAGCUCUCGGGGAAGUAGGGCCCGAGGGACGCUGGAGCACCCGUGGGUGAGGGGGGCCGGGCACGGCGCUGUAGUUUUUGUUAAUGAGUUGAACCCCAGUGUCCCGCUCUGACCGCUGCAAAUGUCACUCUGUUGCUGUCCCUGCCCUGUGUCCCUGCAUCCAGGCCUGUGCUGGUGCCCGUGGAAUCCUAGUUAGAGAGCUGCUGAUGGGUGUCCUGGGAAGGGCCACUCCAUCCUAACUGACCUGCUUAAGGGAAUCAAAAGCCUUUGUGAAUUAGUGUCAAUUCAGGGGGUUUCUCCUGUCUUGGGAUGGCUUGAGGUGGCAGGGGUGUGGGUUCGUCACCACUUUGCAGCGGGUGCUGGCUGUGGAGCCUCCUUUUUCCAGGAGAGGAGAGGGCGGUCGAAGGGAAACUCCCUCCCCUUUUUUGUGUCUUUCCCCCCUCCUAUGUUUGGUCAGUGCCUCCACAUCACCACUACAGUAGUGAAGGUGCAGCUCAAGGGGGAGAGAGGAGCUGGCCUAGAGCACUUCCUUCUGUUCUCUGCUGCCACUCAAAGCUGAGACCACUUUGUUUUGUUCAGUCCUGUGGUGAUCUGCGCUCUGCUCCCAGUGCAAUUAAAAACUUCCCAAGGUA